AUGUCAAUACUGGAGCUUGUAUUUUUUUAUGGUUAUGAUUUAUCAUCGUUAACAAUUCAACAACAACAAAGGGUCUUGAUCGAAUAUGAAAAACUAUUAAAAUCAUCAAUUUACAUUAAUAAGAAAUCAUCGUCAUUACAAGGAGGAAGUGGAGGAGAAGAACAAUUUCCAAGUUGUUAUGUCUCUCCACAUACACCAAUUGAUUCACCACCGCCAUCACAACAACAACAAGAUUAUCACAAUAAUUUAUUACAAGAAUAUAAUUCCUCUGAAAGAAAUAUUCAAUCUCCUUCAUCACCACCCUUAUUACUAAUUCCACAACAACCAACAUCAAAUAAUAAUAAUUAUAUAAUUACACCAGUCAACUCGCCAUCUCCAUCGACAAGAGAACAUCUUGAAUUAUCUCAACAUCAAGAAGAAUUGUCUCAUAUAACUAAUGAAAUUUACGAGCCGCCACUUGAAUUGAAUCCAAUUGAUAAUAUCCAAGAUAUAUUAAUUAAAAAACAAGAUAUCAUAAAUAAUGUUGAAUCUAACAUUAUUAACAGAGUAAAUCAACUGGAUGAAUUGGAACAUGAGGUUUUAAAACGUCGAGAAGAAAGAGUUAAACAAUUAAUUGACCAACGAAUAGAUCGAGAAGAUGAUGGAAAUAAUAAAAUUGUUGGGAAAAAUGUAAAUAAACAUGUCAAAAGAUCUUUGGAUGAAAUAGUCGACGAAAAAAUAGAAAAGAAAUCAAGAUUAUCAGAUAACGAAGAGAACGAAGGAAAUAAUCUUCAGGCACUUAAAAAGGAUUAUUCUUAUGAAUAUCAAUACGCCAUCGAAGAUAGUUUGGCAUAUCAUAGGUUUACGAACGAUUCUAGUAAUAACUCUUUAAAUAACUCCCCUAAAAAUUCGCCUGCUAAUAAUUUUCCUUCAGAUAACUCCAAUUCUCCACCUGGCAAUAAUUCCUCUCCAAAUAACAAAUCAAGCAAAUCCAACUCUCCAACAUCAAACAUUCCGGAUAAUACAAAAAUUUAUUAUGUUCCACCAAUGGGGUUAUACAGAAAUUAUUAUGGAUGUAACUCUUCUUCAAGAUUUCCCUAUUUAUAUCAUUUUAGAUUCUCGCACCACGAUCAACCCUAUGUUCUCGAUUUGGAUUUAAUGAGUAAAGUUGAAUUGUUGGCUAAAGAAAAAGAAUCUGAUGUGAAAGCAUUCUUCAAACAACAAUGUGGAAUUGAAGAUGAUGUUAUUGAUUUAAAACUAAAACCUCGUUGGAUGACCGCAAUGUAUUUUUCGUGA